AUGAUUCAACGAAAAAAUGAUGAGAAAAAAAUAAAAAUUUUAGAUACCUUUUGUGUGUCAAGUGAUGUUCAUUUAAAGUCGAUUCUCGAACACAAUAACAUAAAGGUUGAGAGUUAUAAAAGAAACAUUAAUGUGGAAGAUGUUACUGAUCUAAGGAGCCUCGAUUCUUUACUUUUAAAUAAUUUUUAUUUGUUAUAUGUAUAUUUAAAAGACAUAUGCUAUAUUUUCUUUCAUUAUGUUAUAUCAUUGAAAAGAAAGGGUGAGGAGGAUGAUCGUGAUUGUCUGGUUGGAUAUGAAAAAUAUGUGGAUACAUUAAUAAAAAAUGAAAAUGUAAAAAAUAAUUUUUUAUAUAACACAAGAAUAGAUAAUAUCGGUUUUUUUUUAAAAGGUUUAAGAAGAUAUCUUAAUGAAAUAAAUGAGAACAGAACGGAUGAGAUGAAUAUUUCUCAUAGUAGUAAUACAUUAGAGUAUAUUGAUAAUAAUAAAAAGAAGGAAUGUUAUAUUCCACAAGAUGUUUAUAAUAAUUUUAUUGACAAAAGAAAGGAAGAAGAUUAUUAUAAAUUAAAUAAUUCAAGUGAAGAAGAAAAAAAUAAGAAAAUUUAUUGUCUUAACAAUAAAAUACAAAAUAUGGAAUAUAUAAAAGAAGAUAUAUUUGAAAAUAUAAAUUAUAAUAAUGAUUUUCUUUUAUAUAUAUAUAAAGAAAAGGAAAAAAUAGAAAUGUAUAAUAUAGAUAAGGAUAUAAAUGACAGAAUUAAAAAAGAUAAUAUAUUCGAUAAUCUAAUACAAAUAAAUAAUAAUCUGUCCAUAUAUAAAUUAUCAUAUAUAUAUUUUAAUGAUAAAUUAAAAAGAAUAAGAUUAGACACCUUCUUUCAUUUAAUCAUAGAAAAAAAAAAAAAAAAUUUUGAUAUACAGAAAUGUUUAAAAAAUGACAACAUGAAUAUAAAUUAUAGACUACAAAAAAAUGAAGAAAAUAUAAAAAAUAAAGAACAAAUUAUUAAUAUGAAUGAGCAAUUAUUUUUAUUAUAUGUAUCUCAUUUUAAAUAUUAUAUUUUUUCUUUCUUCUUAUAUUCUUAUGUAAAAUAUAUUAAUCCAUCCCAUUAUAAUAAUAAUAUAAAAGAAAAUAAUAAAAAGGGGGAUCAUGUGAAUAAUAUUUAUAAAAAUUAUAAAAAAAUGUCAAGUAUGCAAGAAGACAAAUCCUUAUUUCUUUAUAAUGAUGAUGAUAACUUAAAAAAUUUAGAAAGCGUAACUAGUUACAUCUUAUGUUAUAUUAAUGAUAUAUUAUAUAAAAUAAAUAUUAUAUUAUCACAAGAUAAUUGGGACAAAAAAAAUAUAUAUGAGACUAUAAAUCAUAUAUUAAAAAAUAAAUUAUCUUUUAAAUAUAUUAAUGUUGAGAAUCUUGACUUGUUAAUUUCAUGUAUCUUAUUAUUAAACAUAUAUAAACAAGAUACAUUUCAAACCUAUUACAACUUUAAUAAUAUAUACUCGGAUUUUUUUUCGGUAUUUAAAAAAUAUAAUGUCUCCUUGCAACUAUCUAAAAAAU